AUGAGUUAUCGUUUACGACGUGAACGACGUCGAUUGAUUGAGGAUUUAAAUGACUUACAAAUUGAAGAAGAUCUUCAAGAACAAUAUCAAUAUUUAAUUUGUUGUCUUAAAGAAUUACGAAGGCAUCGAUCGUAUUCUGAUGAUAAUGAAUAUAGAAAUUAUCAUCAACAACGAACAGAAUCUUGUUUAGUAACAUUAAUCUAUCAAAGUCCAAAUACAGGACGAAGUCAUUUUGAUGAAAUAGAAAUUCUUCAACAUAAUCGAACAGUUUUCAAAGGAUGUUUAGCAUGUGGAGGUCAAUUAACAUUUAAAUCAAAACGUUAUCGAAAUGAAUCAAAAUUAAAAUUAAGAUUUUAUAUAAAUGGUUUAUUUGAAGAUGAAAUGAUUGCUUGUUGUGAACAUGGAUUAAUUGAUCAAUCCAAUCAACAAAAAUUAAAGACGGAAUCACCUACAAUCUUGACUCCACAAACAAGAUCUAAUCAUAAAACUUCAAGUGAAGGUUUUUCUUCUGAUUUAAUCAAACGUUCCAAUCAUCAUACGCAAAAACGCCAUCAAUUGAACGAUAAACAGCAGUCUACGGAAGAUUUGCCUGAAUCCUUACCUGAGAGUCCAGAAGUACCAUUGAAACCAAUAUAUGGUCCUCCUCAAAUAUCAACAGUGUUAUCUCUCAGUGAAUCACUUGAUUCGUCACAACCAAAUAUUCCUCAACAAACAAACCAGAAUUUGUUCAAUUCAUUAUUAAUUAUCAAGCAAAAUUCAGUUGAACAUGAAAAUUCGAAUGUUGUUUCAAACGAAAGUGUAUCUGAUUUACCAAAUAGAACUACUCAAUGUUCUUUAUCAUUAUCACCAAAUGUUGAAAGUAAUUCAGACGAACGAGAUACUUCAUUAAAUUUGAAUACAUCGAAUUCGAAUGAUACGGCAAUAGUUAAUGAGGCAACUCAAUUAUUACUUACUCGACUUGGACUAAUACAACAACAACAAAUCGAAAGUCCACAAGUCUCAUUUGGUAGUGUAUCUCGAGAGAAAGGCAAUGUCGAAUAUUUUACUCUCGUUUACUUACAUGCUUCACAUCCUGAUGAAUCUAUAAUAAAAAAGCUUCGAAGUCUCGUCAAUUUCGUAAAAAUUUUCAAUGAUAUUGAUGAUUGUAUUGCAUUUAUAAAUGGUGUGUUCAAUGAAAAAAUUAUUUUUAUUCUUUCAAAUUCACUUUGUAAUUCAAUUCUUCCAAGAAUUGAAGGACUUCAACAAAUAUUUACUAUGUAUAUUUUAUGUGAAAAUGAUGAUGAAAUUAAUUCAUCAUGGCAACAAUUAAAAGUUAAAGGUGUAUAUAAAAAUUUAAACGAUAUAUAUGAACAAAUAUCAAAGGAUAUACAAAAAAUAAUACAUGAUUUGAUAAUCUAUAUAAAUUUAUCAUCGAAUUCAGCUCAACUUGAUGAAACUUAUAUAUAUGGUAAAUUAUUAAGUGAAAUAAUUCUUGAUAAAAAUGAAAGUCAAAAUGAUUUACAAGAACUAAUUAAUUUUUCACGUCAAGAAUACGAUGGUAAUGAUGAAGAAUUAAAUAUAAUCGAUGAAUUCGAAAAAAAUUAUAAAAAAAAUCAAGCAAUCUAUUGGUUUACAAGACAAUGUUUUCUAUCAAAAGUAAAUUAA